AUGAAUAUCGAAUGUAGUACUUCGUCGUCAAACAGUCAAAUUUGUAUUGGUUUCUUGGUAGGAGGCUCUCUUCUAGUCGCUUUUCUGGGAACUGCUGGGAUUACACUGGCAUGUCUUUAUUAUCGCAGAGAAAAAGGUUUGGGUGGUUCUCAGUCUGAUAAAGAAAAGUGCUAUCAAAUUUCAAAUUAUUAA